AUGAAGAUAGUCAUAUAUUUUUGCUUUUGGGCAGCAGCAUGGGCUAUUCCGGUUCCUCAAGUCAAGCCAUUGGAGAGAUGUGCUGUUGGCAAACCUGUGAAUUUAAAUCUUCCAGCAAAAUCAAAAGUGUCAAUACAGGAUGAGUUAAAUGUUAAUGACACCGCCAAAGAAAAUGGUGUCCCCAGGCAUGAAGAUGAAAUGGGAAGGCAACAGUAUACCAAAGAUGGUUAUAAAGUAGAGAGAGAUGGUCCUGAGUGGGCAGAAGUAGGAGGAAAACGUUCUUCUGCACAUUCCAUGUUCGUAGAUGAAGAGGGAAAUCCUGAGGAUCCGAACGGGGGCACAGGAAAUCCAGAAACAUAUGGUCAUGAUGGGAUAUAUGGAAAAGAAGAUAGCACCACAGCCAGUGGUAUCAGGAGACAAGUAAGCACCACUGACAAUACCGGAGCAGCAGAUGGGAGCAAUAUUAAUGGAAAUAUUGAUGAGAAUUUAAAAAACGGGGAUGCUGGAGGUGCAGGUCAGAGUGAGAAUACCACUGUUGUUGAAGAAGAUGAACAUCAAAUAUCUGGAAGCAGUAAUAGUACAGGCCAAGAGGAUGAAGCAAAUGGGAAUUCCUGUGGAAAUGAGGGUAAUACCACUGAAAUAAUACCUCAGAAAGAAGGUGAGAGAAAUGGUCACGAGGAGGCAGGGGUAACACCAGGGGAAAGUGGAGCGGGCAAUAGAGAAGACCCUGGCCUAGAUAAUUCUGAUGGGAGUCCUAGUGGGGAUGGAGCAGGUGAGGAUGAAGACAAGGGCUCUGGGGAUAAUGAAGGUGAAGAAACAGGAAAUGGACAAGAGGGCACUGAUGACAGCAAGGGCCAGGAGGGUCAGGGUCCUGGAAAAGAAGAUGACAACGAUAAUAGCUUAGGUCAAAAUUCAAUUAGUAGUGAAGACAAUGACCCUGAAGAAAAGGAAGAUCCCCAUGACACGGAUGGAGACAAUGCCUCCAAGAGUGAGGAGGAUUCCGAUAGUAUUCCAGAAGAAAAUGAUAGCCAAAGAACAGAGGACAUGGGAAAACCCAGUCACAGAGGAAACAAUGGUAUGGAUAAUGGAAUCACCAGAGAAUCAGAGCCAAGUACUAAUGAGAAGAGCCCAGACAAGGAAAUAGAAGUUGAAGGUUCUAGCAGUGGAAACAGAACCAAUAUUGCCAAAGAAGCUGUGAAAGUCAACAGAGAUAAAGAGAGUAAAGGGCAACAUGGAAUGGUUGUGGGCAACGGAAAUGUCAAGACACAAGGAGAGGUUGACCACAAGCAAGAACUGGGCCAGAAAUCAGAACCUGAAAAUAAGGUUGGACAUGACCAAACAGGUAGUGACAGUAACAGCGAUGUGUAUGAUAGUUACGAGUUUGAUGAUGAAUCUUUGCAAGGAGAUGAUCCCAACAGCAGCGAUGAGUCCAAUGGCAGUGAUGAUGCCAAUUCGGAAGGUGACAAUAACAGCAGUAACGGAGGAGAUGCAUCUUAUAACUCUGAUGAAUCAAAAGAUAAUGACAAUGACAGUGACUCAAAAGGAGAAGGAGAUAAUGACAGUGACAGCACAUCAGAUGCUAAUGAUAGUGAUAGUAAUGGCAAUGGUAACAACGGGAGUGAUGACAGCAAAUCAGACAGCAGUGACAGCAAUGAUAGCAGUGACAGCAAAUCAGAUAGUGACAGCAGUGACAGCAGCGACAGCAGUGACAGCAAAUCAGAUAGUGACAGUAGUGACAGCAGCGACAGCAAAUCAGAUAGUGACAGUAGUGACAGCAGUGACAGCAGUGACAGCAGUGACAGCAGUGACAGCAAAUCAGAUAGUGACAGCAGUGACAGCAGUGACAGCAGCGACAGCAAAUCAGAUAGUGACAGUAGUGACAGCAGUGACAGUAGUGACAGUAGUGACAGCAGUAACAGCAGUGACAGCAGUGACAGCAGUGACAGCAGUGACAGUAGUGACAGCAGUGACAGCAGCGACAGCAAAUCAGAUAGUGACAGUAGUGACAGCAGUGACAGCAGUGACAGCAGUGACAGUAGUGACAGCAGUGACAGCAGCGACAGCAGCGACAGCAAAUCAGAUAGUGACAGCAGUGACAGCAGUGAUAGCAGUAACAGCAGUAACAGCAGUGACAGCAGUGACAGUAGUGACAGCAGUGACAGCAAAUCAGAUAGCGACAGCAGUGACAGUAGUGACAGCAGUAACAGCAAAUCAGAUAGCAGUGACAGCAGUGACAGUAGUGACAGCAGUGAUAGCAGUAACAGCAAAUCAGAUAGCAGUGAUAGCAGUGACAGCAGUGACAGUAGUGACAGCAGUGAUAGCAGUGACAGUAGUGACAGCAGUAACAGCAAAUCAGAUAGCAGUGACAGCAGCGACAGUAGUGACAGCAGUGAUAGCAGUAACAGCAAAUCAGAUAGCAGUGAUAGCAGUGACAGCAGUGACAGCAGUGACAGCAGUGACAGUAGUGACAGCAGUGACAGCAGUGACAGCAGCGAUAGCAGUGACAGUAGUGACAGCAGUAACAGCAAAUCAGAUAGCAGUGACAGCAGUGACAGUAGUGACAGCAGUGAUAGCAGUGACAGCAGUGACAGCAGCGAUAGUAGUGAUAGCAGUGACAGUAGUGACAGCAGUGAUAGCAGUGACAGUAGUGACAGCAGCGAUAGUAGUGAUAGCAGUGACAGCAGUGACAGCAGCGAUAGUAGUGAUAGCAGUGACAGUAGUGACAGUAGUGACAGCAGUGACAGCAGUGACAGCAGCGAUAGUAGUGAUAGCAGUGACAGCAGUGACAGCAGCGAUAGUAGUGAUAGCAGUGACAGUAGUGACAGUAGUGACAGCAGUGACAGCAGUGACAGCAGCGAUAGUAGUGAUAGCAGUGACAGUAGUGACAGUAGUGACAGCAGUGACAGUAGUGAUAGCAGUGAUAGCAGCGAUAGUAGUGAUAGCAGUGAUAGCAGCGAUAGCAGUGAUAGCAGUGACAGUAGUGACAGCAGUGACAGCAGUGACAGUAGUGACAGCAGCGACAGCAGCGAUAGUAGCGAUAGCAGUGACAGUAGCGACAGCAGCGACAGCAGCGAUAGCAGUGACAGCAGUGACAGCAGUGACAGCAGCGACAGCAGCGAUAGCAGUGACAGCAGUGAUAGCAGUGACAGCAGCGACAGCAGCGACAGCAGCGAUAGCAGUGACAGUAGUGACAGCAGUGACAGCAGCGACAGUGCCUCUGACAGUAGUGAUGAGAGUAACGGCAAGAGCAAGUCUCAUAAUGGCAACAACAAUGGAAGUGAUAGUGACAGUGACAGUGAAGGCAGUGACAGUAAUCACUCAACCAGUGAUGAUUAG